AUGAUGAGAAAGCGUGCUGAUGCUGCUGACCCGGUCCCUGAACUGGAACCUGAACCGGAGGCGGAGGAGGUUGAAGAAGAAGCACCUGCUAGAAGGAGCGCAAAGCGGAACUGUGUGUCUUUUCUCUUGAUGGCUGGUGUUACUCUUCCCAGGAUCUCGUCGAAGAGCUCUGGAGGCAUCCUCAGAUACUUCUGGGAGGCGUUGACAUCUUCGGUGGGGAGCUCCCAAGAUAAAAUGAUUGCUUUUGUUUCGGAGGACUUCUUUUCGUACCGUGGGCACAAACGUGCUCCAAAGCUGCCCGGCGUCCACGUUUUAUCCCUAGAAGGGAACGCAUGUCUCCCAACACCCUGUCUAAAUGGAGGUAUCGCUGAUCCUUGCACCCAACGAAACCCGUGCGUCAAUGGUGUCUGUCGUCCUAGUGGACAAGGGCAGUACGAAUGUGAAUGCCAAGAUCAUUAUGAGGGGAUCCAUUGUGAUGAACCAACUCUUCCUUUGGAGGUUUCUGUCCAUCCGUCAAGCCAGAUAGUCAACACCAAUGCUUAUGUGGAGCUGACAUGUAGUUUCAACAAUGCCAAGCGAUACCACUGGUACAAAGAUGAUGUCCUUUUGCCUAACAGUGGAAAUCAGAAUCCUUUGAUAAUCAUGUCUGUCACUCCAAGUGACAUCGGGUAUUACUUCUGCCGAGGCUCGGGGAGAAAUGAAGAAACUUUAGACACGAUGCGAGCAUCUGUAUAUGUCAAAGAUCUGACCAAUAUAAUAGUUUUGAACGCUAGAUUUGCCAUUCCAUUCAGCGAUGAGCUUCAUGACCAAACGUCUAAACUCUAUAAAGAAACGGCGCUCAACAUCAGCACCUAUGUGGAGCAAGGCGUCCGAACCAGUUCUGGUUUAAAGAGUCUAUCAGUUGUAUGCAGAGCCCUAAGACCAGGAAGCGUCAAAGCUGACAUGAAUAUCUACAUCGAGCGGACUAAUAUGACGGCAACGGAGACACAAGAUCUUAUUGGUCUAUCUCUUGACAGUCUAGCCAAUGAAUCGGAUGGUUUUCUCGAUUCAAACACCAUUUCAGUUCAAGAUAACGACGACAAGUUCGACAAGUCUCGCAUUCUCGGCUUAAACAAGAAGCCUUAG